AUGGCUAAAGAGAAGCCAUCAGCGCAUAGAGUACAGACCGUCAAGACAGGGAACAAAGACAUAUUUAUGAGCAUUAAGCCCGAGCACAUUGACAACAUCGCGACACGCGCCAAAAAUCACGAGUACCGCCGUUACCUCCUCCCUUCCAGCGUUCGUCACAUUUGGUUCUACACCACCCGCCCCGUCUCACGCAUUGAGUACGUCGCGCAUAUCUCCCGCGGCAAGGUCCCUGGUGAGGUUCCGGAAGAUGGCGGUAUUGGCAAUGCAGACUUCAAUGCAGGCAAAAAGGUCUCGAAAUACGCCUACGAAAUCCUUGAUCUGUGGAGGCUGAAGCAACCCAUCAGUCUAAAGCUAGCUAUCUCAACGGGGCUUCUAAAGGGUCCCCCGCAGAAGUAUUGCUGGGUGCCACUCUCUCUCCUGGAUAACUGUCCAAUGGACGCGCAGGAUCAUAUAAUCGCCAGGGCGCCGCAAGAACUGUCCGUGGAGAAGGCGAUGAAGGGCUCUAGUCCCCCGGAGCAACCCAAAGAAACACGUGGCUCUACUGAACGGGGGAAAAUUACCGGGUUCUUCAGUUAUUCGGGUGCGAAGAGUCCGGCCUAG